ACAUCGAGGAAAGGACUUGAAAAGAGGAGGAGGAACGAAAGCAAUUGCUCGCAACAAGUGAAAAACUACCUAGGUAGGUACGCUACCAUCCGUCCACUUCACGCCAAACACCAAAACUUCCACCGCUACAUCUAUUGCUCAUCGAGAAAGCCGGGGAAGAAAAAAGUCCCUGCCACGAAAAUUCAAAACACGGUCACAAUGCUCGACCUCGCCCUCCUUUCAAAACUCCUCCCCUUUCUCCUCGCCCUGCACUUCCUCUACAAACACACAUCCAACCCCCUGCGCCUGAUCCCUGCCGCUCAUCCCCUCGCACCCUGGACUUCUCUCUGGAUAUCCUAUAUCCGUUGGAGCGGCCGCGAGAAUCGGACUCUCAAAGAAGCGCAUGAGAGAUUGGGUGCUGUUGUGUGCUUGGGCCCUGGAGAGGUUAGUGUGAAUUGUGUGGCGGGUGGGAUUCGGGAGAUUUAUGCUGGAGGGUUCGAAAAAGGCAUUGAGGAGGGGCAGAGAGGAUUCAAUUGGUAUGGGUUCUUUGCGAAUUAUGGAGGAGUAGACAACAUGUUCUCAAUGGGUCCAAAUAAACCUCACUCAGCACGCAAACGCAUGAUCAGCAACAUCUACAGCAAAUCCGUCAUAAUCACCUCCCCAGCUCUCCUAACCCAGACGAUUUCCAUCCUAAAGAGUCGUUUUCUUCCUAUUCUCUCCUCUCGCUCCGCGUUCAGUAAAGGCGACGAUCCCACCGUUGUAAACAUCAUACCGAUCUUGAAUGCCGCAACUAUGGAUAUAGUAACGGCUUACAUAUUCGGACUGAAAUCGAGCUCGAAUCUGCUUAACAACCCUAAGGAUCUCACUUGGUUUCUUGAUCUAUACAACUCUCGUCGCUCGUUCAAUUUCUGGCCGCAGGAGUAUCCGAAGUUGACAUCGUGGAUACGGCGGUGGACUGGGUAUCGGCUCGUGCCGCAAUGGGUCGAUGCGGCUAACGCAGAGAUCGAGAAAUGGACCAUGGGUAUGUGCAAGCGUGCGGGUAGUCUAGCACUUCAGCAGCAAACCUACGGUAUAAAUGUCGAAGAUUCACCGUCGGUACUACAACAGCUCUCUUCCUCGCUCUUGAAGCAAUCUCUCAAAGACAAACCCGCCCCAACAGCAGACCCAGCAGCCAACGCAAGAGAAAUGCAGAAAAUGGCCAGGACCCUCGAACUCACCACCGCAAGCGAAGUCUUAGACCACCUCGCAGCAGGCUUUGACACUUCCAGUAUAACCUUAACGUAUGCUGUCCACGAACUCUCCCAGAACCAGGAUAUACAAUCCCAACUCCGCCGCGAACUCCAAGCUCUCACUCCAUCUUCAACACGCCUACCUGACCCCAAAACUCUCGACGCAGCACCUUUCCUUCAUGCCGUCGUCUACGAAACGCUGCGUCUGCACUCCGCUAUCCCCGGUCCCCAACCCCGCGUCACACCCACCCAUGGAUGCAAACUCGGUAGCGGGGCAAGCGAGUUCUACGUACCAGGAGGAGUGCGUGUGAGCGCGAGCGCAGGCCUGUUACACAUGAAUGAAGAUGUAUACGAACAAGCCGACGAGUGGCGACCAGAACGAUGGAUAGAUCUGCACAAACUCAGCGAAGAGAAGCGAAAGGACAUGGAGAGUCGAUGGUUCUGGGCUUUUGGGAGCGGCGGCCGCAUGUGCGUAGGAAGCCACCUCGCCAUCUACCAAAUGAAAUACAUCUUAUACACACUGUACUCCACAUUCUCCACCUCCAUCGUCGAUGAUACAAACAUCGAGCAGACGGACGCGUAUACAGCACCGCCGGGCACCGAUGAGCUUUGGAUUAAACUCGAGAGGCUAUGA